AUGGCUACAGAAAUAUAUCCAGAGUGCACCCAUCAUCUUCUUGCCAGUGUAUAUCCAGGGUGCACCAAUCAUCCUCAUGCCAGUGUAUAUGCAGGGUAUACCCACUACCCUCAUGCCAGUGUUUAUGCAGGGUGCACCCACUACCUUCUUGCUAGUGUAUAUCCAGGGUGCACCCACUACCCUCUCGCCAGUGUAUAUCCAGGGUACAUCUAUCAUCUACAUGUCAGUGUAUAUCCAGGGUAUACCCACUACCCUCAUGCCAGUGUUUAUCCAGGGUGCACCCACUACCUUCUUGCAAGUGUAUAUCCAGGGUGCACCCACUACCUUCUUGCCAGUGUAUAUCCAGGGUGCACCCACUACCUUCUUGCCAGUGUAUAUCCAGGGUACACCCACUACCUUCUUGCAAGUGUAUAUCCAGGGUGCACCCACUACCUUCUUGCCAGUGUAUAUCCAGGGUACACCCACUACCUUCUUGCAAGUGUAUAUCCAGGGUACACCCACUACCUUCUUGCAAGUGUAUAUCCAGGGUAUACCCACUAUCCUCAUGCCAGUGUUUAUCCAGGGUGCACCCACUACCCUCUUGCCAAUGUAUAUCUAGGGUGCACCCACUACCUUCUUGCAAGUGUAUAUCCAGGGUGCACCCACUACCUUCUUGCAAGUGUAUAUCCAGGGUGCACCCACUACCUUCUUGCCAGUGUAUAUCUAGGGUGCACCCACUAUCCUUUUGCCAGUGUAUAUCCAGGGUGCACCCACUACCUUCUUGCCAGUGUAUAUCCAGGGUACACCCAUCAUCUACAUGCCAGUGUAUAUCCAGGGUAUACCCACCACCCUCAUGCCAGUGUUUAUGCAGGGUGCACCCAUCAUCCUCAUGCCAGUGUUUAUGCAGGGUGCACCCACUACCUUCUUGCCAGUGUAUAUCCAGGGUGCACCCACUACCCUCUUGCCAGUGUAUAUCUAGGGUGCACCCACUACCCUUUCGCCAGUGUAUAUCCAGGAUACACCCAUCACCACCUUCAUGGCAGUGCUGCUGCUCCAAGGUGCACCCAUUAUCCUCAUGCCAGUGUAUAUCCAGGGUGUACCCACUACCUUCUUGCCAGUGUAUAUCCAGGGUGUACCCAUCACCACCUUCAUGCCAGUGUAUAUCCAGGGUACACCCACUACCCUCUCGCCAGUGUAUAUCCAAGGUACACCAUCAUCUUCAUGCCAGUAUAUAUCCAGGAUGCACCCACUACCUUUUUGCCAGUUAGUGCUAAAAUUGGGUGCUAA